AUGUUAAUCCAUCGACUCAAAAUUCAUCUAAUCAAAAGCUUUUAUAGCUAUCGUUUUCUGCAUAUCAGUAUCCAAGAUGAUUGCUUUUACCAUACGUUCUCGAUUUUGUCUUCCAUUAGUGGCACACGAUUCCAGCAUUCCAAGCAUCAGCAAUUGAGUCUUUCACCCCAACGUUUCAAAGAAUGUGAUUUCAAGGUUCAUGAUUUGGUGUCCCACACCAAAUUAGUACUUUAUUUGGUUCUUCAUGGUGCUACUAUUCUCAUUUCUGUGCUGUGGUUGAUUGGAAGAAGAGCAAGCGAUGAAAUUGUUCAGAAAGACAUGAAAUUGUGGCCUUUUAAAGUUGUUGUUGGGACCAAGGACAAGCCAAAAAUUGUAGUCACUUACAAGGGUGAAAAGAAGGAAUUUUCCGCUGAAGAAAAUUCACAGUGUUGGGGGUUGGAACCUGGAGGAAACUUCACGGUGUCCUCUCUCAGGAAAGUAAUUGACUCUAAGACGUUGGAUUCCAUUAAUUAUUCACCAAGUUUAUGGUCCAAGGUCGUCCCAGCAAAGAUUCAUAUCUUCUCAUUAGGUGUUUGA